UUCCACGAUGAUUCAGAGUGCGCGCUGACCUGCAAUUCGAUAGUCCUCAAUACAAGCGAAUGGCAGCAUUCAAGGGCGAUGUGGUAUUCCAGGCCCCGAGACGUCAUCUGCUCAAGAACGCAUCGCCGACUCAGAACGCAUGGGCCUUCCGUACGCAGCCAACUCACUGUGCUCUUUUACCAUAAGCCUGACUGGCUCGACAUAGGCUUCAUGAGGAAUGACGGGCCUUACAUCGGCACCUACCACACGGCUGAUAUCCCCGAGUUCUUCACCGACAUUGACUACAUAGGGAUGGACGCAUUGAUCUACUUCGCCCACUACCUCAACCCGAACGCGCCUAGCGAUGUGGCAGCCAACGUCAGCUAUCUGUCAAACAUCACAUGGCCGUUGUGGAACUCCUCCCUGGACGCGCCUCCGCUGCUGACUUUCGUGGACCCCGUGCCGUCGGUCCAAUUCACCGCGGAUACCUACCGUCUGAACGCAACGGAUCUGUUAACGGCGCUUUUCUUGCAGUCGUCAUGAGACGUUCAACUGGGGAUACUGAUUGCUCACCUGACUACUUCGUAUAGGCUUUUAUAUAUCGUCCCACUCUGUUGUCGCUCUCUUCGCAAUGCUAACAUAUGGUUCAUCGGCAGUUAAGAACGAUGCCUGCCAAGCUCACAUAAGGGGAUAAAGUCAGCGGAUGUUCCUGAGCCUAGUGGCUGCGAUGUGCCC